AUGGCUGAUCAAUCACUCGCCCUGACUUCCCGCAUCAAGCUCAACAAUGGCUUGUCCAUGCCCCGAAUCCACCUCGGAGUGUACCUGAUGAGUGGGAAUGAGGCUUCCAAGGCCGUAGGAUAUGCACUAGAUGCUGGAUAUCGAGCUUUUGAUUCGGCGCAGAUGUACCACAAUGAAAAAGACGUCGGACGGGCGAUUUCGAAGUAUUUGCAGUCCCAUCCGGAGCUGCAGAGAGAGGAUAUCCAUUAUACUUCCAAGUUGGCAAGUAAUAGCGACUAUGCCACGGCCAGAAAGAGUAUACAGAAGAGUGUGAAGGAGUGUGGUCUGGGAUACAUCGAUCUCUUCCUGCUACAUAGCCCGUACGGCGGGACGAGAGCUCGACUAGAGAGCUGGAAAGCCGUCGAGGACGCCAUCCAGAGUGGAGAAGUCAAGACUGGCGGCGUCAGUAACUUUGGCGUCAAACAUGUAAGUAGUCCUCAUACACGACAAAUUAACAUACCAGAUGCCGUUCUCAUAUCACCAACCAGAUCGACGAACUCCUCUCCUCCAACCCAACAAUCAAGCCCGCCGUAAACCAAAUCGAAGUCCAUCCCUUCAAUACCCGCACCGAAAUCACCUCUCACUGCCAGAAGAACGAUAUAGUGGUGGAGGCCUACGCUCCUCUGGCCAGAGCUCUGCGGAUGAAGCAUCCUGUCAUCGUAGAGAUCGCCGAGAAGUAUGGAUGCACCUCCGGCCAGCUGUUAGUGAGAUGGUCUCUACAGCAUGGAUUCGUGCCUUUGCCGAAGAGUGUGAGACAGGAACGGAUUAGAGAGAAUGCGAACAUUAGUGGAUUUGAGAUUAGUGAGGACAACAUGAAGAGGAUGGAUGCUUUGGAUGAGUACCUUGUUACUGGUGAGUUGAUCCAAUCAGGAUUUUUGGAUUGGUUGCUGACUACAACACACGCAGAUUGGGAUCCUGUAGAUGCACCGUAG